AUGCCACUCUACUUUCGAAUGCUUCCCUUUUUGCAAGCAUACACUGUCAUUGUCUGCUGUGUUGGAUUGUUUGGAAAUGUUAAUUUAAUUAUUGCGACAUGCAGAUACAAAUCUUUGAGGACCAAGUUGGGUUGUCUCUUAAUGAUCUCCACUAUAUCCCACACAAUAUGCUUGAUAUCUGAAUUGAUUUCAGUCAAACUAAAACUAAGAUUCACCCAAACACAUCGCGACGAAUGCUUUCGUUUCGUCGUUGUUUACAUGUUUGCAGUUCUAUUUCAAUCCACUUUGUUUCUAAUGAUGGCCAUUGAUCUUCUGCUGGCGGUUGUGAUGCCCAUAAGACACAAAUUAUGGCAGCGAGGCCCUUAUCUUUUGAUCUUGUGCACACCUCCGAUUAUGUUCUCGUCCUUUGCAAUUUUCGUUGAACAGCUUUAUAUAAACCACGAGAAUCUUCUAAUGUGUACUGUAUCUCUUGCCGCUCCUCGGAACGUCCGCUUCUGGGGAACUAUUAUUACAUUUUCUACAGUUUUAUUGGCAGUCGCACUGAUACUUAUAACUGCUGUUAAAGUUCAUAUCAAUGAACAAUCGUCGUCAUCUCCAUUCAUCCGCCACUCCAGUAAUGGUAUGACCAAAAGACCAAGAAGCUCGGAAGUCAAACUACUCAAAUCUCUCGCCACUCUAAUAUUCUUUUUUAUCUGUUCAUGGACCCUAUCCGUCGUUUUAUUCCACGUGGCAAUGUAUUUCGACAGCUCCAUUGGCUACCAAUUUCAUAAAUACACAUUCAUCCUCCAACUUCCAACAUUUUGUCAAAACUUCUUCGUCACUGCAUUGAGAUCUCCUCGAUAUGCAAGAGCCUACAUGGAGCAACUCUCAUUUCUUCCAUGUAUCAAAGCGAGGAAGAGCAUUCUGAAAGCGCGACAAAGUUCGAACAACUGCUCAAAACCUAAUCACAUAGCCGAGUUGUGA